AUGGGAGGAGCAACGGGCAAGAACGGGAUAGGUAUUGUAGUUGAUAGAGACCUUAGGGAGAUGGUGGUGGAUGUUAGGAGGGUGAAUGAUAGGCUAAUGACUAUUAAGCUGGUGGUUGGUGGGAUCACUUUUAGCAUGAUUAGCGCUUACGCGCCUCAGGUGUGCCUAGGCAAGGAGGUCAAAAGGCUCUUUUGGGAUGAUUUGGAUGAGGUUGUGCAUAGUAUUCUGCCCUCCAAGAAGUUCGUCAUUGGGGGUGAUUUUAAUGGCCAUAUUGGGGUGAUAGCUAAAGGUUAUGAUGAGGUGCAUGACGGGUUUGGUUUCGGAGUUAGGAAUGAGGGCGGUACAUCUUUGUUGGAUUUUGCUAAAGCAUUUGACCCGAUCUUAGCUAAUUCGUGUUUCCAGAAGAAGGAGGAACACUUGGUCACUUUCCGGAGUAAGGUUUCCAGGACUCAAAUUGAUUACCUUCUCCUUAUGAGGGGUGAUAGGGGCCUGUGUACUGAUUGCAAGGUUAUCUCGAGUGAGUGUCUGUUGACGUAA